AUGUCCAACUCCCAAGUCGGCCAGAUCUACCAGCAGAUCAUUGAAGAUGUUCUGGACUCUUCGCGCGUCGAUCUCGAGGAGAACGGCGUAGAUGAGAGCAUACUGGAGGAGCUGAAGCUGGGUUGGCAAAAGAAACUCUCGGCACAGAACCUUGCAGCUUUCCCUUGGGAUCCCAAACCUGAUCCUCCCGCGCCUGCACCAGCUGCGGCGCCCCCUCCACAGCAGCCUUCUGCGCCCGCUCCUGUUCAUCAGGAUGUCAAUGCUGCCAACGGAGUUGGCAUUCAGCAGCAGCAAGCUGCUCACCAAGGUGCUCCGGCAUACGCCCAGCCAAGCAAUGGUGUUAAGAACGAGCCCGGUAUUAAGACGGAGCCCGGCCUUGAGCAGAUGCCCAUGCAGCAGCAAUUUUCCAAUCCUGAAGUUCGGGAUCGUGUCAUUAACAACCUCCAGACUCAGUAUGGCUCGAGAGCUGAUGCUACGAUCAACAAGCUUCAAGAGUCCAUCGGCUCAGCAUCCAACAGACCUCAGUACCCGGUUCCACCGCGUCCUGCAGGCCAGGCAGUGCCACAGCAGCCACGUCCCAACCAGAUGGCCAAUGCAGCUGCACAGCAAUACCAGCAGCAAAUGGCUGCCCAACAGCGUGCGCAGCAGUCUGUGCAGAACGGCAAUGCUCCAAAGCCCGCACCAUCCCAAUUCGAUGGCGCAGCUGAGGAAGCUGUCCUCGUCCACCAAGAUGCCACAGGCCAGACCACGGAGCUCGGCCGCGUUGAGAUUGACCGUAUGCUACAUGCACAGCUUGAGGCCAGAGCUAAGGCUAUGGAGGGAGGUGGGCUGAUGGUGCCGCUCAAGCGUGCCGCCAAGAGUUCUGAUGUAUCUUACCAUCGCACCAAAACGACUUCUGGACCUGGACGCUUCGAUGGUGGGGAUGAUGAUGUCAAGUCUGAAGAGGACGAAGAUGCCAUUAACUCGGACCUUGACGACUCAGAUGAUAACGCAGAAGAUGAUGAUGACGACGAUGAUGGCGGUCAAAUCAUGCUUUGCAUGUAUGAUAAGGUCCAGCGAGUCAAGAACAAGUGGAAGUGUGUGCUCAAGGACGGCGUGCUUAGUGUGAAUGGCAAAGACUAUGUCUUCCACAAAGCGUCAGGCGAGUAUGAAUGGUAG